AUGGCUGGGAAUAAACUCCUCGUCUAUCUACUUCGACGCGAUCUCAGGGUAAUCGACAACCCUAUCCUUCACCACCUGGCCACUUCUGACCAUGGCUUCACUCAUCUCCUCCCCAUCUAUAUCCUUCCCCCUCACCAAAUCGAAACCUCAGGCUUCGUCGCUGAAGGAAAAAAGUCCCCCUACCCCGAGGCUCGAAGUCAGGUAGGCCGCUUCUGGAGAUGUGGCCCCGUUCGAGCCAAGUUCCAAGCUGAGUCUAUCUGGGAUGUGAAACAAAAUCUUGAGGACAUCAGUAGUGGCAUGCUGGUUCGUGUCGGAAACUUCGACAACGCCCUAAAGCAUUUGAUCAAGUCCCUGCACGAUGAACAUCAAUCUGUCGAUACGGUUUGGAUGACCGAGGAAGUAUCGAAAGAGGAGGUUGAUGAUCAGAAUGCUGUAGCAUCUGUAUGUUCCGAGAACAACAUCAACUUCAAGCUUUGGCAGGACGAAAAAUAUUACAUCGACGAUCGUGACACCGGUUUGGAUGAUCCCAAGGAGCUUCCAGAUGUUUUCACAACCUUCCGCAAAACUCAGGAACCUCUCCGAGAGCGUCCUCGCGCCUCUCUCCCCCGUCCGCAGGCCGGAUCGUUACCGCCCUUCCCUUCAUCGUGGGCACUACCUCAGGAACCCCCAUUUGAGAUUCCUGACAACUACAACGACUUUGAACAACGUCUCUUAGAUCCUAUCAACAGUAUGGUGCCAGACCCUCCAGUCUAUCCUGAAGAUGCUCGAUCUGCACAUCCAUUUAAAGGUGGAGAGAACCCUGCCUGGGAUCGCCUUUAUCAUCUCAUCAAGUCAGGCUCUAUGACUACUUAUCAGGAGACCCGCAAUGGCUUACUAGGACUCGAUUACAGCACCAAGCUUUCAGCAUACCUGGCACUCGGAUCUAUUUCAGCCCGCUGCAUUCAUGAAGAACUUGUCAAGUUUGAGGACGGUCAAGAACAAUCCUACUCUAGAGCUAUAGGCUUCGGACAGGGAGAGAACGAAGGCACCAAGGCUGUCAGAUUUGAGCUCUUGUGGCGGGACUACAUGCGAUUGUGUACCAUGAAGUUUGGCUCACGUCUUUUCAAGCUUGAUGGUUUUAAGGGAGCCAGUGGCAAGUAUGAUAAGAAGUGGAAGACAGCUCUGAAAGAGGAAGCCGAUGCCAAUCAAGAUCCUUCACCCGAGGAACUGAGUGACAUCAUUGAGAGGUUCCUUCGAGGCACAACCGGCAUGGGGCUGAUUGAUGCCUCACAGCGAGAACUCUAUCAUACCGGCUACACCUCGAACCGAGCCCGACAGAAUGUCGCCAGCUUCUUCACAAAGCAUCUUGGCAUUGAUUGGCGCUACGGAGCUGAAUGGUACGAGGCUAUGCUGGUAGAUUAUGAUGUGUCUUCCAAUUGGGCGAACUGGCAGUACGUGGCGGGUGUCGGUAAUGACCCUAGAGGUGAUGCACGCAUCUUCAACCCUAUCAAACAAGCAUUCGACUAUGACAACAACGGACGAUAUGUCCGAACUUGGGUGCCUGAAGUCAAGUAUAUCGAGAGACUGGAAAAUGUUUUUCAGGUAUGGACGACAGGUGACGAUGAGCUCAUCAAGUACGGCAUCAUCGAUGACAUAAUGGUCACUCAUCCCAUCAAGCGGAUCGAUUUUCAGGUCGACCGAAAACCUCGUGGUCCUCGACGACCUUACCGAUGGAGAAGAGGAGGAUCUGGGCGUGGCGGCCGUCGAGGCGGAGGUCCAGGAAACGGUUCGGGUGACUAUAACGAUGGUCGACACUCGUACCACAAUGGGCCUCCUUCACCCGAAAGCGAUCGCCAGUUUUACCACGGUGGCGAACCCUACACGCAGAAUCGUGGCCAGCCACGAAAUGGUUGGUCCCAGCGUGGAAACCAGAUGUCGUGGCGAGGCAACUUCAACGGGCAUGGUCCUAACAACCACGGACCUUCUUCUGGACGAGGAGGCCACAUGGCUCCUUUCCGUGGGAAUGGUUUUCAGCGAGGAUUCAACACCAAUCACUUCAAUGCACCGCCUCCCAGGCAAUACAUGCCCAAUCCCCCCUGGGCUCCUCAACAAUUCUCUCCUCAAGCCUAUCACCACCAACUUCCUCCUCACCUUGGACCCCAUGUCUAG